GAUGUGCCAAGGGCUGGAGUGUUACCAAUUUGGUAUACAAAUUUUGUUUGUAUAAACCAGUUCUGCAAUAGAUCGUCAGGAAUUCAAGUUGUCAAUUAUUUUACACCAAAGAUGUCUGGAAAUAAUCAAAAUUACAAUACUAUUGUGGGCCCAAAUAACAUUGAAGAAAUUAGAGCACACAGCUCCAGACGAAGAUUUGGUCUAAGAUGGAUACCAACUUCUGCACAGGAAUUCGAAGACUCAGAAAUCAAGUUACUUAAUUGCUUAAACGUUCCUUAUGAAAUUGGUUUCGUCAACGCCGGACAAGUUCUUCAACCUGGAUUUUGUUGUGGAGUAGCUAAGCUGAUAAAUGUGAAAAUUCGGACCCUGGUCGUUAACAAAACCAGACCUGGGACACCACUCCUUCUUCUGCACGGUCUUGGUUUAGGGAUCGGUUGUUUCGUUCCAGUAAUUCGUGCAGUGGGACAGCAAUUUCGAGGUCCCAUUUAUGCACUGGAUUUACCAGGUUUUGGUCUUAGCACACGCUUCAACUUCCCAACUGAUCCAAAAGAAACAGAAGAGACGUACAUUAAAUUAUUGGAAGGGUGGCGACACACCCUUAAUCUACAGAGGGUUUUUAUUGGGGGCCAUAGUUUUGGGGGUUUUCUGGCUACAUCAUAUGCCCUCAAAUAUCAGGAUAGAGUUCAAGAAUUAGUCCUCUUUGACCCUUGGGGAUUUCCAGAGAAGCCAGAGAAAGUCUCUUAUUUUGCAGGAUUUCAAAACCCAUUCGUAAUCCAUUUCAUCACAUUAGUCACAGAACGAGUCAAUGUCAAUGCCCAUUUUCGACUACUUGGACCUUGGGGUCCCAAGUCAUUUGCCAGUGCUAUCGAGACAACUUGGUCAGGUUGUAGUGCAUCCAAAUUGUUUGAAAUCCAAUCCGGCUUAGAAGGCUCGGACAGGCUUCUUAGCGAAUACAUGUAUCAUUGCAUUGCAGGAAAUCCAAGCGGAGAAGCAGCAUUCCGUUCCAUGAUGAACUGGUUAGUUUACACCAAGGAACCAAUGGCUCGACGCCUCCAUCGGCUAAACACACCUGUGACAAUGCUGUACCCGGAGGAUCACUCCUUCGUACCUAGCAUUCCCGAUGACGAAUUGGAAUGCCUAAUCGGUCCUCUGUGUCGUCUGAAAAUUAUUAUAAUUCCAUCAAGACAUCAUGAAAAUAUGCUUGUCUCCAAAACAGUUGAGGAUGUCCUCCUCAAUCUAACGUAAUAUUUCAUAAAAACGAUUUCUUAUAAGACGUUAGACAUUAUUUAAAUUUCAAAAGUAAAGUAGGGCUUAGUGUAUUCUUAUUACAAAUGUACGUACAAUACUGAAGUUUAUCAAGUGUCCCUAACACAUACAUACUUAAUAUGUAAUCUGAAUUAUAAAAUAUGAAUCAAUACAUGAA